AUGAUCGCUCCAACCGAUCCAGUGACGUCCUCAAACUCGGUCAUGAAUGGUGUGACCCAGUAUAAUCAUGAGGAUGUACCACAAGAUACCCUGUUUGAUAAGGUUAUCGUCGUUGUAGGUGGUUCCAAUGGCAUUGGGGCGAGUCUCGCGGAAUUGUGCUGCUCCAACACCUCCUACGUCUGCAUCGGCGACAUUGAUGACCCCCCUGGCGAGGCAUUGGCCCGCAAGUGCCAGGAUCGCUGGCCCGCCAUCUCGGACCCUAACCAACCGCCCAAGCCUCCGCGGGCCUCGUACCGGCAUGUCGACGUCACCGACUACCAGUCCGUAGUGGAUCUCUUCGAAUUUGCCUUUGCGACCUACAAACGCAUCGACCACGUCGUGGUCACGGCGGGAAGUAUGGCUACGGGAGACAACUGGUUCGACCAGAGCCUUAGCUUCAGGACGGUCAGAGAGCCCCCUUCGUCGAAGGACAUUGAUGUCAACCUCACCGGUUCCCUCUAUGUCACCCGGGUGGCGAGCGUCUACCUCCGUCACAACCGAGGCCCCUGGGCUGACCGUUCGAUCCUGCUCUUUUCCUGUGCGGCCGGAUUUAAAGAGAUGCCCGGCGUCCCUAUCUACCAGGUCGCCAAGCACGGCAUCCAGGGCCUCAUGCGGUCGCUGCGCACGUACUUUCCAUCUCCGUAUACGCACAAUUUGCGCAUCAACACCAUCUGUCCGUGGAUGACGCAGUCGCGGUCGGUGCUGACCAAGAACAUCGAAGAUAGCUGGAACAAGGAAGGUCUUCCCAUCAGUACUUACCAGGAAGUGGCCCGAGUGUCCGCCGGUGUGCUGGGCGAUAGCUCGCUCAACGGGACGUCGAUGUUUGUGGAGGGCGACCGUGCCUGGGAAAUCGAGCGAAAUAUCGAUCGGCUCGAGCCCCAGUGGCUGGGCAAGGAGCCGUCCCGUGCUCUCGGGAUGGGCCAAACGGUGCUGCGCGAUGCAUUGGUCUGA